GACUUUCUCUCUCUUUGCUUUUGUGUACCAUUUUUCUCUCUCUUUCUUUCUCUUAAACUCCUUUUUGCUACCCCUCUGUAUGCAUCUCUCUGUGACUGCAUGUUUACACUUGGGGAGCUCUCAUUUGCUCUGAUUUUUAAGGAUUAAAGAGCUGAAGUUGCUUCUGGGCUUAGAAACAGAGGGUUUGGGAUUGGUCAUAAGGAAAGAGCAUUCUUCGGCAUUUGCAUUUUCAGCAAAGGAAGCCGAGGAGCAAGCUAAAGUGGCCUUUGUUGGUAAUGUCAAAGUCUCCGUCCCCUGAACCGCGAGAAUGGGGACCCUUAUCUUCAUCGAAGCUUAGGGAUUUGAAUGGAACGACUGGAGUGGAUGAUUCUGAUGAUACAGUGGCUGCAGUUGCUCGUUUUAUUGAGCAACUGCAUGCCUACACGUCCUCACCAAGUGAGAAAGAACUUAUUACAGCACGUGUGCUGAGUAUUGCCAAAGAAAGAAAGGAAGCAAGAACACUUAUUGGUUCCCAUGGCCAAGCAAUGCCGUUGUUUAUAUCCAUUCUCAGGAGCGGCACCCCUUUAGCAAAACUCAAUGUUGCUGCAACUCUGACUGUGUUAUGCAAAGAUGAGGACUUACGGCUGAAGGUGCUUCUAGGUGGAUGUAUUCCACCAUUACUCUCGCUUUUGAAGUCUGAAUCAACUGAGGCCCGGAAGGCAGCAGCAGAGGCAAUAUUUGAAGUUUCCUCUGGUGGUCUUUCAGAUGAUCAUGUUGGUAUGAAAAUAUUUGUUACAGAAGGUGUUGUGCCAACAUUAUGGGAACAACUCAGUCCAAAAAGCAAGCAGGACAAAGUGGUAGAAGGGUUUGUUACCGGAGCUUUGAAGAACCUUUGCAGUGAGAAGGAUGGUUAUUGGAGAGCAACACUUAAGGCUGGAGGAGUAGAUGUAAUUGUGGGUCUUCUCUCUUCUGAUAAUUCUGCUGCCCAAUCCAAUGCAGCUUCCCUUUUGGCCAGAUUGAUGUUGGCAUUCAGUGAUAGCAUCCCAAAAGUUAUAGAUUCUGGAGCUGUCAAAGCCUUGCUUCGGCUUGUAGGUCAAAAUAAUGAUACUUCUGUCCGUUCAAGUGCUGCAGAUGCCUUGGAAGCCCUUUCUUCAAUGUCAACUGCAGCAAAAAAGGCAGUCGUUGAUGCAAAUGGUAUUCAUAUUCUUAUUGGGGCUGUUGUUGCUCCUUCUAAAGAGUGCAUGCAAGGAGAGCAUGCCCAAGCUUUGCAGCGCCAUGCAACACAUGCUUUAGCAAAUAUCUGUGGAGGGAUGUCUGCUUUGAUACUUUAUCUUGGAGAAUUAUCAAAAUCUUCUCGCUUAGCUGCACCGGUUGCUGACAUAAUUGGAGCACUUGCUUACGCUGUAAUGGUGUUUGAGCAGACUACUGGCCUUGAUGAGGAACCCUUUGAUGUAGCACAGAUAGAGGAUGUAUUAGUUAUGUUACUCAAGCCUCGUGAUAAUAAGCUAGUCCAAGAUCGUGUCCUUGAGGCCAUGGCAAGCUUGUAUGGUAACACGUACCUCUCACAAUGGCUCAAUCAUGCUGAAGCAAAAAGGGUGCUUAUUGGACUCAUAACAAUGGCUGCUGCUGAUGUCCAGGAGCAUCUAAUACUUUCUUUAACCAGCUUAUGCUGUGACAAAGUCAGUGUUUGGGAUGCUAUUGGUAACCGAGAAGGUAUUCAGUUGCUCAUAUCAUUGUUGGGCUUAUCCAGCGAACAGCACCAAGAGCAUUCAGUACAGUUGCUAGCCAUCCUUACUGAUCAGGUUGAUGACUGCAAGUGGGCCAUUACUGCUGCUGGUGGGAUUCCUCCAUUGGUGCAGUUGCUGGAGAUGGGAUCUCAGAAGGCAAGGGAGGAUGCUGCACAUAUUCUAUGGAAUUUAUGCUGUCACAGUGAAGACAUCCGUGCCUGCGUUGAAAGUGCAGGUGCGGUACCAGCUUUCUUAUGGCUCUUAAGAAGUGGUGGACCAAAAGGACAGGAAGCAUCAGCUAAGGCUCUUACAAAGCUUGUCCGGACAGCUGAUUCUGCCACUAUUAAUCAAUUGCUAGCUUUGCUCCUGGGAGAUACUCCAAUCAAAAAGGCCCAUAUAAUUAGAAUUUUGGGCCAUGUACUCACAAUGGCACCACAUCAGGAUCUUGUGUUUAAGGGAUCUGCAGCUAACAAAGGACUGAAAUCUCUUGUCCAGGUUCUCAACUCCUCAAAUGAAGAAACUCAAGAGUAUGCAGCUUCUGUCCUAGCUGAUCUAUUUAGUACAAGAAAAGAUAUAUGCGAUAGUCUUGUAGCUGAUGAAAUUGUACAACCUUGCAUGAAGCUUUUGACUAGCAAGGCUCAAGUUGUUGCAACUCAGUCUGCUCGAGUGUUGGGUGCUCUUUCUCACCCAAGCAAGUCGAAAGCUGCUAAUAAGAUGUCUUACAUUGCAGCAGCAGAUGUCAAACCUCUAAUUAAAUUAGCAAAAACUUCUCUCAUUGGUGCUGCUGAAACAGCUGUUGCUGCCUUGGCCAAUCUCCUCUCUGAUUCUCAUAUUGCUGCUGAAGCACUAGCUGAAGAUGUUGUUUUGGCUUUGACAAGAGUGCUGGGAAAUGGAAGUUUAGAAGGUAAAAAGAAUUCAUCAAGGGCUCUUCAUCAAUUGCUAAAGCAUUUUCCAGUCAGUGAUGUGCUCGUAGGAAAUUCUCAGUGUCGUUUUGCUGUUCUUGCACUUGUUGAUUCCUUAAAUGCAAUGGAUAUGGACACCACUGAUGCUGCAGAUGCUUUAGAAGUGGUUGCACUCUUGUCUAGAACAAAAAAGGGUGUGAAUUUAACUUAUCCAGCUUGGUCUGUGCUUGCUGAGGAUCCUUCAAGUUUAGAGCCUCUUGUGCAAUGCCUUGCUGAGGGGCCUCCUCCACUUCAAGAUAAGUCCAUAGAAAUUUUGUCUAGGCUUUGUGGGGAUCAACCAGUUGUUCUCAGUGAUCUAUUGGUUGCAAGAUCAACAUCUAUAUGUUCAUUAGCCGACAGAACAAUGAACUCUGCCAAUUUGGAAGUCAGAGUUGGAGGAGCUGCACUUCUAUCAUGUACUGCAAAAGAACAUAAACAGCAGUCAGUGGAUGUACUUGAUCGGUCUGGGUAUUUAAAACCUCUCAUAGAAGCUUUAGUGGAUAUGGCAAAGAAGAAUUCAAGAUGUACCUCUUUAGAAAUUGAGGUCAGAGGUAGAGCCCCAAGAGAAUUUAUUGAAAGAACGGCAUUCCAGGAAGGCGAGGAGUUUGAUGUCCCUGAUCCUGCUAUUGUAUUGGGUGGAACCGUUGCUUUGUGGUUAUUAUUAAUACUGUCUUCAUGUCUUCCAAAAAACAGAAUUACCAUAAUGGAAGCUGGUGGACUUGAGGUUCUAUCUGACAAGCUUGCAAAUUAUGCUUCCAAUCCUCUGGCGGAAUUUGAGGAUACGGAAGGUAUAUGGAUAAGUACCCUGCUUCUAGCUAUUUUGUUCCAAGAUGAAAAUGUUGUUUUAUCUCCAGCAACCAUGCGCAUCAUACCGUCACUUGCUCUUCUGUUGAGAUCUGAAGAAGUUAUUGACAGAUAUUUUGCUGCUCAGGCAAUGGCCAGUCUAGUUUCUAAUGGAAGCAAGGGAAUAAGUCUUGUCAUUGCAAAUUCUGGUGCAGUUGCUGGAUUGAUAACAUUGAUUGGCUAUGGGGAAUCGGAUAUGCCCAAUUUAGUUACCUUGUCUGAAGAGUUUUCUCUUGUACGAAAUCCUGGUCAAGUUGUUUUAGAACAUCUUUUUGAAAUUGAAGAUGUGAGAGUUGGCUCUACUGCACGGAAAUCUAUUCCUCUUUUAGUGGAUCUCCUGAGACCAAUACCAGAUAGGCCUGGAGCUCCUCCAAUUGCUGUUCAACUCUUAACCCGCAUUGCAGAUGGAAGUGAUACAAAUAAAUUAAUCAUGGGCGAAGCUGGAGCCCUUGAUGCUUUAACAAAAUAUCUGUCUUUGAGUCCUCAAGACUCAACAGAGGCUGAUAUAUGCGAAUUGCUCAGGAUAUUAUUUAGAAAUCAAGAACUUAUUCAAUAUGAGGCAUCACUUAGUUCCUUGAAUCAACUUAUAGCUGUUCUGCGCCUGGGUUCUAAAAAUGCUAGGUUCAGUGCUGCGAGGGCUCUUCAUCAAAUUUUUUAUGCUGAACAUGUUAUUGAUUCCGAGUUAGCCUGGCAGGCCGUACAACCAUUGGUUGACAUGCUAUGUGCUGCAUCAGAGAGUGAGCAAGAGGCUGCUCUUGUUGCCUUGAUCAAGUUAACUUGUGGGAAUGCUUCAAAAGCAGCUUUAAUGACUGAUGUGGAAGGAAACCCGCUCGAGAGUCUACACAAAAUCUUGUCUUCGGCUUCAUCAUUGGAAUUGAAAACAAAUGCUGCACAACUUUGUUUUGUUCUCUUUGGACACACUAAAUUUAGAGCCGAUCCUAUAGCCUCCGAAUGCAUACAGCCCCUUAUUACUCUUAUGCAGUCUGAUACUAGUACUGCAGUGGAGUCUGGAGUCCAUGCUUUUGAGAGAUUGUUGGAUGAUGAGCAACAGGUGGAGCUUGCAGCAGCCUAUGACAUUGUGGAUCUCCUUGUUGGCUUGAUUUCUGGAAGAAACCAUCAGCUUAUCGAGGCCAGCAUAUGUGCACUCAUAAAGUUGGCAAAAGACCGCACGCCACUCAAAUCAGACAUGGUCAAAGCUGGAGUUAUUGAUAACUGUCUUGAGGUACUCCCUCUUGCGUCCAGUUCAUUGUCAUCCUCAAUCGCAGAGUUGUUCCGGAUUUUGACAAAUAGUAGCGCCAUUGCUAGAAGUUCAGAUGCUGCGAAAAUAAUAGAGCCUCUUUUCAUGGUUUUACUUCGACCAGAUUUCGGUUUGUGGGGACAGCACAGUGCCUUGCAAGCACUUGUAAAUAUCUUGGAGAAGCCACAAAGCCUUGCAGCUCUGAAAUUGACUCCCAGUCAAGUCAUUGAGCCUCUGAUUUCAUUUUUGGAAUCUCCAUCUCAAGCUAUUCAGCAGCUUGGAACAGAAUUAUUGACCCAUCUUCUUGCACAGGAACAUUUCCAGCAAGACAUUACAACGAAAAAUGCAGUUGUGCCGCUGGUACAGCUUGCUGGAAUUGGAAUAUUGAAUCUGCAGCAAACAGCAAUUAAAGCUUUGGAAAAGAUCUCUGCUAGUUGGCCAAAGGCAGUUGCUGAUGCUGGAGGUAUUUUUGAGCUUUCAAAAGUCAUUAUUCAAGAUGAUCCUCAGCCUCCUCAUGCCCUUUGGGAAUCAGCUGCUUUUAUUCUCUCCAAUGUUCUGCAUUCCAAUGCUGAGUACUAUUUUAAAGCUCCUAUAAUAGUUCUGGUCAAAAUGUUGCACUCCACACUGGAGAGCACCAUUACCGUGGCUCUCAAUGCCUUGAUUGUCCAUGAAAGGAGUGAUCCUUCAAGUGUUGAACAGAUGACUGAAGCUGGAGCUAUAGAUGCAUUGUUGAAUCUACUAAGAUCUCACCAGUGUGAAGAAGCUUCCGGCAGACUGCUUGAAGCUUUAUUUAACAAUGUAAGGAUACGAGAGAUGAAGGUUUCUAAGUACGCCAUUGCCCCCUUAGCACAGUACCUGUUAGAUCCGCAGACAAGAUCAGAAUCUGGCAGGCUCCUUGCAACUUUAGCUCUUGGAGACCUCUCCCAGCAUGAAGGACAUGCUAGAGCAAGUGAUUCUGUUUCUGCAUGUCGUGCACUUGUAAGCUUGCUUGAAGAUCAGCCAACAGAAGACAUGAAAAUGGUUGCAAUUUGUGCAUUGCAGAACUUUGUCAUGCGGAGUAGAACUAAUAGGCGAGCUGUUGCUGAAGCAGGUGGCAUAUUAGUUAUUCAGGAACUUUUACUUUCUCCUAAUUCAGAAGUCGCUUCUCAGGCAGCACUGCUGAUCAAAUUCUUAUUCUCUAAUCACACACUUCAAGAAUACGUAUCAAACGAGCUCAUCAGAUCUUUGACAGCUGCCUUAGAGAGAGAAUUGUGGUCUAAUGCAACUAUUAAUGAAGAAGUCUUGAGAACAUUAAAUGUGAUAUUCGCCAACUUUCCUAAGCUCCAAAUUUCUGAAGCAGCUACCCUGUGUAUUCCCCAUCUCGUAGCAGCACUAAAGUCAGGGAGUGAGGGUGCCCAAGAAUCUGUAUUAGACACCAUGUGCUUGUUAAAACAUUCUUGGUCAACCAUGCCAAUAGAAAUUGCAAGAUCUCAAUCAAUGAUUGCAGCUGAAGCAAUUCCUAUCUUGCAAAUGCUGAUGAAAACCUGUCCUCCAAGUUUCCAUGAGAGAGCAGAUAGCCUAUUGCACUGCUUGCCAGGCUGUUUGACUGUUACCAUCAAGCGUGGUAACAACCUAAAGCAAGCCAUGGGAGCCACAAAUGCAUUUUGCCGAUUGACAAUCGGUAAUGGACCACCCCGGCAAACCAAGGUCGUGAACCACAGCACUACUCCCGAGUGGAAAGAAGGAUUCACAUGGGCUUUUGAUGUGCCCCCAAAGGGACAAAAACUCCAUAUCAUAUGCAAAAGUAAAAAUACUUUUGGGAAGACAACAUUAGGAAGGGUGACUAUUCAGAUCGACAAAGUCGUAACAGAGGGAGUAUAUAGUGGUUUAUUCAGCCUGAAUCAUGAUAGCAACAAAGAUGGGUCUUCCAGAACGCUUGAAAUCGAGAUAAUUUGGUCCAACAGGACAGAAAAUGAUGAAAACAUAUGAAAGGCGUGACAUACUCAUUUCUUUACAAGCAACCAUAAUGAAAUCAGGUGAGGAACAAUAUAAUAGGAGUUUGGGUUUGCUUGUUUACAAGUAUAAUAUAUAUGUCUAUCAAAGGUCCAGUUUUUGUAGUAAAUGGUUUAAGGAUGUAAAUUAUAAAAUGUUUAUUAAUUUGAGAUGAAAAAAAGGGAAAUCAAAGAAGGUUCCUUUAGUGUAGGGAGCAUAAAAGAUGGUUAAAAGUUGUACAGAUCAGUCUUUAGGGGCAAGCGAGUUAAGUGUUGUUAAAGGAUGAUGGCAUUGCAAAAAAUGUGAUGAAAUUGAAAAUGGGUUCUUUUUGACACGAA